AUGUGCUUCUGGCUCGAUGAAAUGGAAUACUGGGUGGAAGUGGACGAGCGAGGUCCUAUGCUAUACCACAGGCGAGAGCAACGAGGAGAUAGCUCAUCGCUUCCUCCCAACGUCUACCAGCAAGGAUAUCGGCCAUUCCACUCCGAUAGACAGUAUAAUACCAUCCUUCAGACCCGUCGUCAGAAGUACAACACUGGGAACAAUCCACGGAAACGCGUUUACCUGGUUCCCAAGACUGAGCUAUUGGAGCUGGGCAAGGAGGCCUGGCUCGAGCGCCGCAGAAAACACGAGCAGCUCCAAGAAUCUUGCAGACAGCUCAUGAAACGCCAAGAAAGAGAUGAAGAGUAUCGUCAAGCUCAAUGUCAGCCAGGGGAGACUACCCAACAGCAUAACAUGUCCUUAUACAAUCACACAGACGACCAACCUGCUGUCCGUAGGUCAGCAACGCAUUCUGCCAGAUACCUGUACGGUCCUACUGCCGACAGAGUCGAACCAAGAACGAAUGCAGUCAUCGACUAUGAUAGAUCAAAAGACAAGUAUCCUGGCAGAAGUCAAUGGUAUGGCACAGCGCCUAAGAGUGGUACCGAUGCCCACCCGUCUUCAUAUUCACCCGUGAUGGGCUACCACGACCGAAGAUAUGAGGCCUACCAGACUCAUAAUUAUGCUCAAGCGAGGGAUAACGGGGCUUAUUGGUAA